GCCAGACUACCUUACAAGUUGGCCUCUGUCGAGAAGAGAAAAACAUUUGACAAUCGCCCGGUGCCCAUAACUUUCCCACCCCCAUAGUAGAGACGAGCAAAACGAAUAAGGAAACACGGUUGUCUCUCUCGUUGUCAAGGGAACGCGUAAACUCUUGCGUCUCGGUCCGGAGAGAGCAUGGCUAGUUUGAUCAGGUUGCAGAAUGAGAUCGAACGAAUUAAAGAAGAAUAUUUUACCAGAAACAGGAUAGCCGAGGAGAACAGACAGAGAGAGAACGAAGCAGCCAUCCUAAUACAGAGUUGGUUCAGGGGAUGCCAGGUGCGGGCCUACCUCAGUCACCUACACAGGAAGGCCACCAUUAUUCAGAAGAUAUGGCGAGGAUUCACAGCAAGGGCACAUUUCAGACAAAUGGUGAAGGCCGCAUAUUUUAUCAUGAAGAUGAAUUUCUACCACGAGAUGUCCGUCAGGAUACAGCAGAGGUGGAGAGGUUACUGCGUGAGGAAAUACAGCCAUAACUACUACGCACGCAAGCGAUACAUGGAGGGACUGGCCCGCAAAAACAAACAGAUUAGGAGGGAUCUGGAGGAGUUUUCAGAGUUCCAGAGGAGAGAGAGGGAGCGUAUGACCAUGGAGAGAGAGGAGCAGGAGAAGACUGUCCAGGCUCAGAGGAUGCACUUCCUACUCAGCACAAAGCAGUGCCCUGGAGUAUUCAACUCUCCAUUCAGACCUAGGCCAGAUGAGAUGGAGCUGAGGCUCCGGAGGACCAAACCCCUGCCACCCAGAAACAUUCCCAGGGACAGAGCCUCUCUCCUGGGUAACACCAGCCCCUCAUCCCCCUCCAUUCCGGGAGUCCCUAGAGCCUUUGGAGCCAAGCCCCUGCCUCCCAUUCCCAGCAAGAAACCACAGGGUCCGUUCCGUGGGCCAGCGGAGGUGUGGGCUCAGAGACAGCGUGGUCUCGAGCCGUCUCUGAGAGUCCAGACCUCCAUCUCUGACCUGGAGCAGGCCCAGGACCAGCUACGCUCUGGAGAAUGGAGGCACCACACCACGGAGACCAUGUUCCAGCCGUUCUCUAAGGCCCAUCAGAACAGGAGUUAUGAGAGGAUGCUCCACACCUCCUCUUCCUUCCAGCCUGUCCCCUACGGGACCAAACACUUCAGAGAGGAACACCAGGAGAACCUGCAGGGGAAACAGCCAUUCAAGACAGUCUUCACCACUUGUCAUGUGUUUGAUAAAUUUGGACGCCUCUACUCCAACGCUGGGAAGAUUGUAUGAAACUAUCGUUCAGUAAGAAAAUUCAACUCAACAUUAUCACACUGAGAAGUGUGGACUUGUAUUGGUAACUGUAUUCCCUUUUCGUUUGUGUGUCUUACUGUAUAUGGAUGGAUUAAAUUCACGGUCACAAGAAAUGUACCAUAGUGUUAUGAUGAGCAUUUUCUUCAACCUAUGUUCAAGUUCAACUUAACCUAUAAUAAUGCCAUGCAUUUUAUACAGUAGCAAUGUAAUCACACACACACACACACACCUCUCUCUUCCAAGAAACGCCUCAUUCUGUCAACCGCCAUCCCAACACACAAACACACACAGCACAUGAGCACGUAAAGCCGACUACCUCAUCCCUCUGCUGAUUCUUCCCAUCCUGGAAUCAGGCUAAUGGGGACGCUUUCCCACAGAGCGGGGCCACACUCGGCGGCCCAAAAUAAAUGUGCUUUCAUUUGAGAGAGUGGAGCAACUCAUCUGCCUAUAGCUCCCUGAUUUCAUUUCCACACCUCAUACUGAGUGCUUUGUUCUGUCUGGGCGGGUGUGUGUUGUCUGGUGAUGAGUCCAGGGCACCAGUGUGUAAUCUGGAGAUUCAGUAGAGGGAUUGUUGUGCUCUGGCCUAGUCCAUCACUUCCCAAUAACUCUGUGUGUGUGU